UGCUUGUGUACAAUUAUGACCACAUCCACAUUCAUGCCAAAACUGAGAUGUUCUCAAAAUGCAUUCCUUUCUCAGAAUAGCACAGCAGCUACUACAGGGCUUAUAUUAAAUUCCGUUGUUCCAUUUCAAGGGCAUAAAGAAGAAUUGGUUAUCCCAAGAAGAAAAACUUGGGAUAAGUUAGCAGUUCUACAGGCACUUGCAUCUACUGUGAAUAGAGAUCCCACUGCUGCUCAUUACUUAUUCCAGGAUGACCCUUAUCUUAUUCCAAAAACAUCUGCUGAGUUUCGAGUGUAUUCAUUAUCUCAAGAAUCUGGGAGGAGUGCUGCCAGGUACAUUUUUAAUAACUACCCAACAUUUUUUGAGAAGAACAGAGCUGAGCCACUCAUACCGUGUCUAAUGCCUCAAAACCUUGAACCACAGAUUGGUGAUGUGAGUGAGGCUGCUCUUAAGGAGAGGAUUCAGCUCAGAAGAGUUAAAGAUGCUGUUGAUGUAUAUGACCAGUUAGUACAAGCAGGAACACAGUUGUCGCUUGAAACAAUGAACAGCCUUUUGGACUUGAUUUGUUACUAUGGGGACAGAGACCCAGUAGUUGAAGAUCAGCUGGAGUCAAAGGAAUCGGAAAAUGAGGUUGAAGUGCAAGAAGAAAAUUCAAAACGAAGAAAGGGGCGUUUUCGUAAGUCAUUUGAGCAGUCUAUCACUUGGAGAGAGAACAAUAAUGCCGAACGUAUCUUUAAUCUCAUGCAAGAAAAAAAUGAACAUUCCUUUUGUACACUUAUCCAAGGAAUGGUUAAGUAUGGCGCAUAUAACAAGGCCUUUAGUGUAUACACAGAUUUGCUGAAUAACAGGAUGAAUGCUGAUGUGCACACUUUUAAUUCCUUGAUCUUGGCAACUCCAGAAGUAAGAGAAAAAUACAAUGAGAGAGGUGAUCUCAUUACAGAUUUGCUCAGACAGAUGGCUGCACAGAAUGUAAAACCUAAUCUUCUGACAUUUAAUAGUGUUCUGAAGAGCCUGCGAAAAUGUGGGGCAUUGGGACGAUCAUACAGCUUGCAGACAUUGAAUGAAAUGAAGGCACUUCAGAUAGAACCCAGCCUUGCAACAUUUGACCAUAUCAUUGGCAUUUUUUACAAAUUUGUUUCACCAGGGAGAGUACAGUCUGAAAUUAUCUAUGAGGUUAUGGAUGAGAUAGAGCAGAAGAAUUUUGUUGCUAGAGAUCCUGACGAUGUAAACUUCUUUGCAAAUGCCAUGAAGGUUUGCUUGGAUCUUAAGGAUGUUGAAUUGGCAUAUCGCCUACACAAGCUGUUGGAAACUGGUGACAACUGGAAGUUACUAGGAGAUUUUUACCACCAGAGUAUUUUUUAUGGAAGAUUCUUUAAUCUUUUGUGCAUGAUGGAGCACAUUGAUGUAGUCCUGAGAUGGUACAGGCAGCUGAUCCCCUCGGCAUCCUUUGCAGAUUGUGCCCUAGACAUCAAAUCCUCUUAUGAGAGUCAAGAUAGAGGUCAGUUUUCCCUUGAGUGGACUGCAAGUGCUUUGGGGAAUAUUACUAAGGUCUUUCUACAGGCAAGAAAAAUUGAAGAGGCCUGGAAAAUGAUUCACUUGUUCAAAGCAAAAAACCGUCUUCCUAGGGAGGAACUGCUGAAUGAAUUUAUGGAUCUUGUUAAAGAAAAGAAUGACCCGGUGCAGGCAAUUGAGUUGAUAAAACUAGCUGCUGCCUGCAGUCUACCAGUUGUGAAGCUUGCUUCUCGGGCAAGAGAGGAAUUUCUACUCUCUGAGGAACAAAAAAUGCUCUGGCUGAACUGGAAGUUGUAUGCAGUGAAAGCAGUGACAGUGAAAGUGGCAAAGAAUAACCACUGCAGCCCUUCUGUUGAAGACUAUCAUUGCAGCAGUUUGUCUGUAAGAAUAUAAAUUGAGUAAAUCUCAAACACCAUUGUCUUUAUGAUCCAGAAUAUUGCACACUAUAAUUUAUUUAUAUGAUGUAAAUUGUAUAAUAAAAUUUGGAUAUGACAGCAAAA